GUCAUUUUGAUUUUGAUUUUUGACGUUUUAACAGAAAAUGAUUUACGAUUAUGAUAUAAUAACAACAUUAACAACAAGAGUUUUGUUAAUUUGUGUUUAUUAUUCUGUUUCAUGUAGAAUUUGGAAAUUUUGAUUUUGUAAAUAUGGAAUGGUUACGAAAUCAUACUGUACUAAAUAAACAACCUCGUGCCUUAUUAUACGAAGGGGAAGAUUAUGAUCCACAAGCAUGCUAUGAUAGUUUUAAAGAACAUUGGCAACAAGCCCUAAAAAUAAUUCAACGUGUUCAACAACUGCCUAAACAUGAUGAUGUAUUAGGAGUAAUGAAUCACUUAGAACAAAUGGUUACGCUGCUGUUAUACGACAUAAAAAAAAUGAACAAAUUGCAAACCCCAAUUUGUGAUAGCUCAAUGUAUUUGGACUAUUUAUUAACGGAAAAUAUUCUGGAUAAAUUGAAUAAUUGGGGAUCUAAAGCUGGAAAGUAUUCAAAUGCAGUGAGAUGUGAACAAUUUAAGAUUUAUGAGAUGUUAUUAAGCCAUUCUCGUCAUGUUUUAUUAGUGCAUGAACCAUUUUUGAAGCCAUUAUUAAGAUUGUUGAAAUCUUGCCAAAGUGAGAUGUUCUCUAAAGAAAUGGAAAAAUUUCUAGUAGAUUUAUUAUAUCAGUUGUGCACACUUUUGAUGCAGAAUAAUGAGUUGGUAGAUUUAUUUUUUUUUAAUGAACAAGGAAGUGGAAGAUUCAUCAUUUUCAUACUUCUGAUAACUUUUAUACACAGAGAUGAUUCUACUGGAAUGAGAGCUAGAGAUGCAUUACUAUUAUGCAUGUCAAUAUCGAAAAAAAACAAUGCAGUUGCCACAUUCAUAACGGAAACUUCUAAUAUCUCUGUCUUGAUUGCAUCUGGAUUGAGUGGACUCUAUUCAGUUUUACCAAAUUAUCUUGAUGACAUUGCGAUUCCAGAUUGGUAUAGAUUCACUCCUGAUGAUGUGAAUGAUAUUAAAGGCUUAUCAACAUUCAUUACAUCACUAGAGUUCAGCAAUGCUGUAGCACAAAUAGCACAUAUAUCUAUUCGAAAACAACUACAAGAGUUUAUUUACAGAGGUUUUUUGAUCCCUGUGUUGGGACCAGCCUUAUUGCAAAAUAAUGUUGAGGAACAAGUUGCUUCUAUUGCGUAUACUGAGCUCAUAUUGAGAACUGUUACACAGCCUGGGCUUCUUUAUUCGAUGCUUGAAUUUCUCUUGAAAACUGAAUAUGAUGGUAGAAGAUUAGUAUCUAUAUUGUUAGAAAGACUGAACACCAACAAUCAUCAGCUUUCCUUAGUAACAAUUUCAUUAUUUGAGACUAUGUUAGAUAUGAAUUCUGAAGAUCUGAUGCUUGAACUGGUAUUUCAAUACCUGCAUCCGUGCCUGCAUAUUAUGUUUUCUCAUAGAAUCAAUUUGUUGAUCUUAGAUCCUUACUGUUACAGUUUUGAGAAAUUGUUGGUUUUAGCACCAAGUUGUUGUGAUGUUGAAACUAACUCACCUUCAUCCAGAGAAACGAGUAUACAAAAUAACAACCAACGAAGUUUAUGUGGUAGAUAUGAUAGUUAUCUGUAUGACGCCAGAAAUAAAAUAGCAAACUGUCAACAAUCAUGUGCUAGUUGGAGUAAUUCGUAUGAUGGCCACCAUAUAUUCCUAGAGAAGCUUGAAGCCACAGACGAUAAAAAUAGCAAUUUGAAUAUGCCCCUUCACUCUGUAGAGUAUGAGGAAGAGUCCAAAACAACAACGGAGCCAAGUUGGAAAUUAUCAUCAAAUCAAAACUCGAACAGUUUGGAGUUGAAGCCAAUACCUAUUAAAAAUGGUAGCAACGCAUAUCAGGCUGGUCCAUUUCUCACCUUUUUAUUGCAAAAAUUGAGCAAUUAUUUAUCUAAUUCAUUUUAUGUUAAUCUUCAUCUAACAGGUUUAAUAUCUAGAUUAGCAAUCUUUCCUCAUGCUCUUUUGAGAACAUACCUGCUUGAUCAUAGUCUAGUACUUCAGCCCGAUGUGCCAUCACUUUUCCAAAUAAUUGGUUCAUUAAAACAAAAGAUCGAUGAGUAUAUGUCAAAAAGGACAGAUAGGGUGAACUUGAUAAAGUAUGCAAAGCAAUUCAUGAUAUCAAGAGAAACCCGAUUAGUGAAUGUCCGAAGGCAUGCUAUAGAGCAUAGCAAUUCUGAAAGGAAUGAAUUCUUUCAAAGAAAUAGUCUGAGAACGAGAAGUUUAAAUUUAUCCUCAUUAAGUGGAAUGUUUGUGAGGAGAUCCAUUCAAAUAACUGAUCCAGGUUUACCUAUGUUAGCAACUUCUGAAAAUUCGCUACAAUUUAUUAGUCCUAAAUUCAGUGAAAGCCAACAUGUUGCCUUGUGUGCUGUUUUAUUGGAGGAGUGGGUGAAAGAAUUAGCGGCCAUUGCACAAGAACAUACAAUUGCACAACUUGCCAGUAGUAGGAAAUAGGAAAAUUUGAGUAUUAAAUAUUUUAAAGUACAACUUUGAGAUAGGUGUGUUUGAUUGAAUAUGUUUGGAUAGACUCUAAAUAUAAUUUUAUUUAAUUAUUUUGAAAAUUAAUGUGCCGUUCGCAACAAAACUAACUUUGCUUUACAACUAUUCGAUAAAUUUCUUUUUGCCAAUUUAUUGUUAGCUUAUUAUUUGAAAUCAUAUAUGAACAAAACUUAUUUAUCUUUUGCACUCUUAUAUUCCUUUCAAUCUACAAUGAAUAUCUUGUCAAGAUGUAUAAUGUACGUUUUUCUAUAUUGUGAUAUAAAAUUAUGAAUUUAAACAUGCAUAAUUCAAAAAAUAUGAAGCACUGAAUAGCUUUAUGUUUUAAUUUUUUGUGAUAGACUAUAGGAUACCAUGAAUUCAUGUUCUGGUAGAUUUGUUAACAUUUGUAAAAUUCCUUUUGUUACAACUAGAAUACUCAUUUUUUUUUAUCGGAAGGAUGAAUUUUAUGUACAUAGUUGAUUCAAAAUGAAUUCUCAUGUGAAAUUGUUACUUUGUAUAUAAUCAGCUACAAAAAUUAAAAAGAUGCAAGGUUCAUUAACGUUUUAAAUUUUCUUGUAAAUACUAUAUCUUGUUGCAAUAUUAUUUAUACAAAUAUAUUUUUAUGUAAAAUUUGUAUAGAUUAUGUAGGUGAAUCUAACAAUAAAAAAAUUACAUCUGUUAA